GCCGAGAUAAGAUAAAAAGGACGAAUAAAAUCUGUCUUCCGUUAAGUGACUUUUGAAUCUCUUUCAAGAUCUGAACCAUCUCUUUACCAUACUCACUACUGUACGAAAUGGCCAGUGUAAAAGAACGCACUUAUAUCAUGGUCAAGCCUGAUGGUGUCCAGCGAAACCUCGUUGGCGAAAUUAUCGGGAGGUUCGAAAAGCGUGGAUUCAAGCUCACUGCCUUGAAGCUCGUCCAUGCCUCCCCCGAGCAUCUCGAGAAGCACUACGCCGAUCUUGCUGGCAAGCCCUUCUUCCCAGGUCUGAUCAAGUACAUGGCGUCUGGACCUGUCGUUGCCAUGGUCUGGGAAGGCUUGGAUGCUGUCAAGACAGGCCGUGUGAUGCUUGGUGCGACUAACCCUCUGCAGUCCCCCGUCGGUUCCAUUCGUGGUGACUUUGCUUUGGCGGUUGGCCGCAACAUUUGCCACGGCUCAGAUUCCGUCGAGAAUGCUGAAAAGGAAAUCAAACUUUGGUUCCCUGAAGGCACCAUUCAGUACAGUCUCGCCCAGGAAUCCAUGAUAUACGAGUAGGUAUGCGGUCAGAUGCUGUGUAUUUUAGUCACCGGUUCUCCUUUCGAUACCAAAAGUUACAAAUUCAACGAUUACUAUUGGUAGCCAAAAUAUAUUUCCUAUCUCCUGUAUAGUGGAUAUUUGUAUUUGAGCCAAUUGUUUUCAUACCAACGGUGAUGAUGUUAUAGACUUAGAAUUUCCCCCGUGUUAUUCCCG